GGAGUGGUUCCUGAAAGCGACUGAUUGGCUGUCCUUACUGAUAGCAGGGACACCUGACUUGACCUCAGCAACCACAAUUAUAAAUGGUCCAUGAGCUGAAUCUUUGAAAGCACGUAGGCAAUUCACACUGAGAAUAGAUAAACCAGGAAAUUAAGAUGCUGACAUCCAGAUGUCUAGUUCGCGGAUUGAGGAACGGCCUCUGGAGGAACCUGUCACCCAGCAGCAGCGCGCGGGCCGCGCACACUAAAGACGUGACGGCAGACGUCCUGGACUGCACCGUGCCUCAGUAUAACAACCGUCUGGACACGCCCCUCCCGGACGUUCCGUUUGUGCAGAACCUGAAUGAGCAGCAGACGCAGCUGAAGGAGAAGGAGAAGGGGCCCUGGGCCAAGCUCACUAAGGAAGAGAAACUGGCACUAUACCGUCUGAGCCAUGAGCUAACCUACCGUGAGAUGCGCCAGGGGACUGGGGAAUGGAAGAGUGUGCUGGGGGGGGUUUUCAUCUUCCUGGGACUCUCAGGCCUUUUGGUCUGGUGGCAGAGAGUCUAUGUGUUUGGUGACGUGCCCCACACCCUGUCUGAGGAGUGGGUGGAGAAGCAGACUCAGAGGAUGUUAGACAUGAGGGUGAACCCCGUCCAUGGCUUCUCCUACAACUGGGACUACGAGAAGAAACAGUGGAAGUAGAAAGAUUACACAUACAUGUGUUUGUGUGUGUUUUUAUGCUUGUCUCGGUGCGUGUCUUGACGCGAGCAACAGUCUGAAGUUGCAGUUCUCAAAACAUAAGCCUUACUGAUUCCUUAAGCCAAUUAAAAGAUAAGUGUUUUUGUGUUCAUUUUAUCAAUAGAGGAAAUACAUCUUUUGACAUUGACUAGAGCAUGUUGAGUUCUGGAACCUUUGACGAAUGAAAAAAAUAAAUAAUAAUCUUUC